AGCGCUCUGACACGAGAGCGAGAGCUGCUGCGUGAGCUCGUUCACAUCGCUUUCAGCAGGUAGAGCGUGCACAGACACCAGAGGGAGAGGCGGAGGAAAGAGGUCUGCUUUUUCACCUGAAGAUUACUUUGUCUCACUUCACUCAGCCCGAGUGCUGGAAGGAGCAGCGAGGAAGGAGCCGAGUUGAUCAGGAGAGGUGUCAGCUCUUGUUGCUCUCUGUUCCCUUUUUUUUUAUUUUUAUUUUUUUUUUUUACCCUUUCUUCACUUCACAGAGGUCAGGUGGAGUUCUCUGUUCGAAACUGGUGUGAUCAGACCCCACUGGAAAGAUUGAGAGACAAAAAGUGAGAAAACCAAAGUGAAUGUCAUUGGCUACAAGAGGAAAGAAGUUGUGAGCGUCUCACUGAAAAUCUACUUCAGAAAGAACUUCUGCAGCACGAAAGACAGGAAUCUGUAAAGACAGGAAGUCUUUUCAGAUACUACUUUUUUCUACUCUUCAAAAUGGGAGUCCAACUGAAUCUUCCAGCCGUUGCCAGCACCUUGAUCCUUCUGACCCUUGGUAUUUUGGCCCUUCUGCCUCACAGCCUUCUGGGUAAACCAGCAGUUGAGGAAAACAUUGGAAGCUCUGCUUUGCUGCAGAGGGUGAAACGAGGCUGGGUGUGGAAUCAGUUCUUUGUUCUGGAGGAGUACACGGGACUGGAACCGCUUUAUAUUGGAAAGCUUCACUCAGACAUGGAUAAAGGAGACGGCUCCAUAAAGUACAUCCUGACAGGCGAGGGUGCAGGCACUACAUUCACCAUUGAUGACAGCACUGGGGACAUCCACGCUAUUCAGCGGCUGGACCGGGAGGUGAAGGCGCAGUACAUCCUCCGCGCUCAAGCCCGCAACCGCCUGACGGACAGGCCUCUGGAGCCUGAGUCUGAGUUCAUCGUCAAGAUCCAGGACAUCAAUGACAAUGAGCCAAAGUUUCUAGAUGGUCCCUACCAGGCAACUGUACCAGAAAUGUCCAAAAUAGGAACAUCUGUGAUCCAGCUGACUGCGACAGAUGCUGACGAUCCCACGUAUGGAAACAGUGCUCGUGUGGUCUACAGCAUCCUGGAGGGCCAGCCUUACUUCUCGGUGGAUGCCAAGACUGGUGUGGUCCGUGUGUCCUUGGCAGACAUGGACCGGGAGACCAGGGAAAACUACACAGUUGUCAUCCAGGCUAAAGACAUGGGUGGACAGCUAGGGGGGCUCGCUGGCACCACCACUGUCAACAUCACGCUGAGUGACGUCAAUGACAACCCGCCCAUGUUUGACCAGAGACUCUAUCAGAUGAGCGUGCCCGAGUCGGCUCCUGUGGGUUCAGUGGUGGGUCGGAUCUGGGCGAAGGACAGGGAUGUCGGGGUCAACGCUGAGAUGAAGUACAGCAUCAUAGAUGGAGAUGGGAGGGACACCUUUGACAUCCGCACAGAUCCCACAAACCUCUUCGGCAUCAUUACAGUGAAAAAGCCACUGGACUUUGAAAACAAGCCCAGCUACACUCUGAAGGUGGAAGGAGCCAAUACCUACCUAGACCCGGCCUUUCGCCACCGUGGACCAUUUAAGGAUGUAACCAUUGUGCACGUGAGCGUGGAGGAUGUAGACGAGCCCCCACUGUUUGACUCACCGUCAUAUUACAUUGAGGUGCCAGAAGAUGCAGAAAUCGGGACAGUGGUGAAGAUUGUGUCAGCACGAGAUCCAGAUGCUGCCAACAACACUGUGAGGUACUCCAUCGAGAGAAGCAGUGACCCUGAGAAAUUCUUCUACAUAGAGCUCACCACCGGGUCGCUGAUGACGGUGCAUUCGCUAGACCGUGAAGAGAUCGGCUGGCACAACAUCACUGUCCUCGCCAUGGAGAUGAAUAACCCCAUGCAGAUCGCUAGUGUGUCUGUGGCUGUGAGAGUCCUGGAUGUGAAUGACAAUCCUCCUUCAUUGACACACUACUUGGAGACAUAUGUGUGUGAAAAUGCCAAAGCAGGACAGCUGAUUCAGACAGUAACGGCGGUGGAUCCAGAUGAGCCCCUUGGUGGACAACACUUCUACUACAGUUUGGCUCCAGAAGCGGCUAACAACCCCAACUUCACACUGAGAGACAACCAAGACAACACAGCCUGGAUCCUGACGCGGCGCAGCGGCUGGUCACAGCAUGACCAGACCCUCUUCUACCUGCCCAUCUUUGUCUCCGACGGCGAUCAGCCGGUUCAGACCAGCACCACCACACUGACUAUCCGAGUGUGCAGCUGUGACCAGGAGGGGAAUGUCAUGUCAUGCAACGCUGAGGCCUACAGCCUGCCAGCCAGCCUCAGCAAAGGAGCACUCAUUGCCAUCCUGGCCUGCAUCUUCGUCCUGCUGGUUAUGAUCCUGCUCAUGCUUUCUCUGCGGACUCAUCGUAAAAAGCCUUAUCUGUGUGAUGAGGAGGAAAACGUGCAUGAGAACAUUGUGCGCUAUGACGAUGAAGGUGGGGGUGAGGAGGACACUGAGGCCUUCGACAUCGCCGCCAUGUGGAAUCCCCGUGAGGUGCACCACCACCUGGGAAAGAUGCGACAAGACAUGCUGCCGGAGAUUGAGAGUCUGUCUCGUUAUGUGCCACAGGUGUGCGUCAUGGGCGGUGGCAGUGGGGACAGUAAUGUUCACGGUUAUGUGCUGGCAAAGCUCCUGGAGGCCGACAUGGACCCGUGUGCCCCACCUUAUGACUCUCUGCAAACCUACGCAUAUGAGGGAGAAGGCUCGGUUGCAGAGUCACUCAGUUCGCUCCAAUCGGGAAUGUCGAACACCGACCACGAGUAUGACUAUCUGAAUGAAUGGGGGCCUCGCUUUAAAAAACUUGCCGAGAUGUAUGGUGUGCUUGAGUCAGACAGCCCUCCAAUGUGGUAGGAAAAAAAACUCUUAACCUGAAAAACACACAAAAAUAAAAAGACAUUUAAAAAAAAGACAUGAGAGGUGACACAAACAGGCAAAGCCAGGAUGUGCUCAUGCUUAGCAUACAUGACUGUUAGAAUUUCUGCAGAAGCCUUGAAGGUUCAAGCCCGCAGCAGCAGCUGGUUUUAAAUCUCCCCUUUGAGAUGGGCUUCAGAGAUGAGCUGGACUUAGUGGCCACAUGGGGGCCAUGCAGAGAAACGGCUUCAAAGCACAUGAUAACUCCCCUGCCUGACCCAGCCACAGGCAGAACCCGUUCGGUUCAAAGUGUUUCAAAGAGAUUCAUGCUGGAGAAGAACGGAGGCAAGACAGUGUGAUCCAUGCUUAACAAUCUAUGCGUUGUGCUGUUACACUGAGGUAAAAAUGAAAGUGAGAAGCUGCUGCUGCAUUUGUGUUUUUGGUCUUAAUUUAUUUCUUUGUUUCAUGUGCUGUAUUUAUGUUUUCCUAACUUAUUUGGGUACUUCAGAGCAGCCGUUAUGUGGAAAUCUUUGAGGAAAUUGCGUAUAUGUUGUAACAUACAUGAUGUAAACACCCUUAAUUGUGAGAAAGAGGAGCUUUCAGUGCUUCUCUAAGUGUCACAUGACAUGCACAUGAGAUACUGUAACCCCCUGUGGGAUUUCAAAGUGUUUAUUGUAUUAUUGUUUAUCCUUUUUGAGCUCUUUGUAAAACUGUAACUCCCAAUGUUUGUGCAAAAACAUAAGACAGUUCAUUCAAGAUAGUUCCAUUCAUAAAGUUUGAAGGAUGUGUCUCUGUGGACAUCUUACCUGAGAUGUGCAGCACAGUGGGAAAAUCUGCACAUGGACGAGCACACAAACGCAUCGCCUUUCAUUUCAGAUUCCACCGCCGUGCCAACCGGAGUCCGACAGCAGAGAGGUUCGAUCUGUCCAGUUUGAGGUACCGUGCUGCUUUUCUGCCGCUACUCAAAUGGGACCUAAUCCUCCAAUUCUGUGGACUACAGAGAAAUUGAUAAUCUAUGUUAAGUGCCAAAUGUAAAAAGGACAGGACAUUUUGAAAAAAAUCAAAACAGCAAAAAAUACAGAAACACCAAACGAGGAAAAAAGGAUUUUAAAAACUGAGUGAAGUAGAAAUGCAUUUUGAUAAUAAAUUGAGUGAAGCUACUUGAAAUCAGUGUAAUCAGCCAUACUGCAGUAAGUAGUAUGUGAAUGUAGAUAGUUUUUGUAUUCUUGAUAAUAAA